AUGGAGGUAAAUUGUUUAACACUAAAAGACCUGAUCAACCCCAGACUAGAUUUUGCAAUUGAAGAUGGGGAAAAUGCACAAAAGGAAAAUAUAUUUGUUGAUCGCUCAAGGAUGGCCCCAAAGACGCCAAUAAAAAAUGAACCAAUUGACUUAUCGAGACAAAAAAUCUUCACUCCAGAAAGAAAUCCCAUCACUCCAGUUAAGCUUGUCGACAGACAGCAGGCAGAACCAUGGACACCCACCGCUAACCUGAAGAUGCUCAUUAGUGCUGCCAGCCCAGACAUAAGAGACCGAGAGAAGAAAAAAGGACUGUUCAGGCCCAUUGAGAACAAGGACGAUGCGUUUACAGACUGUCUGCAGCUUGAUGUUGUUGGGGACAGUGCUGUGGAUGAAUUUGAAAAGCAAAGGCCAAGCAGAAAACAGAAAAGUUUAGGACUCCUGUGCCAGAAGUUUCUAGCUCGCUAUCCAAGUUAUCCACUGUCAACUGAGAAAACUACCAUCUCCCUAGAUGAAGUUGCUGUCAGUCUCGGCGUUGAAAGGAGACGCAUCUAUGACAUUGUGAAUGUGCUGGAGUCGCUGCAUCUGGUCAGCCGGGUGGCCAAGAAUCAGUACGGCUGGCACGGACGGCACAGCCUGCCGAAAACCCUGAGGAACCUCCAGAGGCUAGGAGAGGAGCAGAAAUACGAAGAACAGAUGGCACACCUCCAACAGAAAGAGCUCGACCUGAUGGAUUAUAAAUUUGGAGAACGCAAAAGAGAUGGCUGUCCAGAUUCCCAGGAUCCACAGUUACUGGAUUUCUCUGAACCCGACUAUCCCUCUUCAUCUGCAAACAGUAGAAAAGAUAAGUCUCUGAGAAUUAUGAGCCAGAAAUUUGUCAUGCUCUUCCUGGUCUCCAAAACCAAGAUUGUUACUCUUGAUGUCGCUGCCAAAAUACUGAUAGAAGAAAGCCAAGAUACGCCGGAUCAUAGUAAAUUUAAAACAAAGGUACGACGCCUCUAUGACAUAGCCAAUGUUCUGACCAGCUUGGCACUGAUAAAGAAAGUGCACGUAACAGAAGAGCGAGGCCGGAAACCCGCCUUCAAGUGGAUUGGGCCUGUGGAUUUCAGUUCCACUGAUGAAGAACUAGUGGAUGUUUCUGCAUCUGUCCUACCAGAAUUGAAAAGAGAAACAUACGGCCACAUUCAAUUCUGUGCAAAACAGAAGCUUGCUCGACAUGGCUCUUUUAACUCAGAUCAGGCUUCUGAGAGGAUCCAGAGGGAAGUGAACUCAGAACCCAGCAGCCCUUACAGAGAAAAACAAGGAUCAAGUGGCUACUCCUUAGAAAUUGGAAGUCUGGCAGCUGUCUACAGACAGAAAAUAGAAGACAAUUCACAGGCAGAAGCUUUUGCCAAUCAGAGAGCGAUACCUCCAUCAAGCAGCCUGGAGGCCGCUGCUCCUUUCCCCGGCCUCUCUGUUGACUCAGAAUACUGUGUUAAUGCCUUGGCCCACCCAGUACUUUCCGUGGCUCCAACGGACUUGCAGGCCUUCUCUGCCCAGAAUGGUCUGAACGGACAAGGAGGUGUCUCCCUCGCCUCUGCCGCCUUGGACGCGGAGAGCCUGAAGCCAGCUCUGCUGGCCGGCCAGCCCCUGGUGUACGUGCCCUCCACCUCGCUGUUCAUGCUGUGUGGGAGCCUGCAAGAGCCGCCGUCCCCGGGGUCGGGGUCGGGGUCAGGGUCCGGGUCCGAUAGGGACAGCAGGGGCUCGGAAGGCACAGCAGAGCGGUCAGCCACGCCCUCAGUUCAGAAGCGCCUAGGGGAGGAGAGGAAGCCCCAGGAGGAGGAGGAGCCAGCCACGAAGAGACAAAGCAGGGACUGCAAAGACGGCCCCCUCUCCCUCGUCAUGCCCAAGAAACCCUCAGAUUCCACAGACAUUGCCUCUUCCAAGACCGUGGAUAAAAGGGGACCUGCACCCCAUGAAGACAUUCACAUGAAUGGACAACUUUCUGCGGCAAAGGAGGUUUCGGGAAAGGCUACAGCAGACUGCUUCAUUUCUUCUGAGUGGGGAAAUCCUUCUAGAAAUACAGAGAUAGAAAAGCCUUCGAAAGAAAAUGAAAGCACCAAAGAGCCCUCUUUGCUGCAGUAUCUUUAUGUGCAGUCGCCAGCAGGAUUAAAUGGUUUCAGUGUGCUCUUAUCUGGCAAUCAGACCCCCCGCGCUGUGGGACCGUCUUCAGGUCAGCUGCCGCCGCUCAGUGUUCCAUGCAUGGUCUUGCCAUCGCCGACGCUGGGCCCUUUUCCUGUUCUCUAUUCACCCACGAUGCCCGGGCCGGUGUCCUCUGCUCCCAGGGCUCUCCCAAGCACGGGACCUGUGAAUCUUGGCUUGCCUGGCCUCGGAUCAAGAGCUCAUCUUCUCAUCGGCCCUGCUGCCCUGGUUAGUCCAAAAUCAUCGACGCUCCCCUCCGCAGAUGCUCAGCUUCAGGGUCCACACUCACUUAACCUGAGUCCGGUGAUGUCAAGAUCACACAGCAUCAUCCAGCCCGAGUCCCCCGUUUACGGAGGACAUCCAGCCUCUGUGGUAAAAUUACAACAGUCACCAGUUCCAGUGACCCCCAAGAGCAUCCGACGCACACAUCGAGAGACGUUUUUCAAGACGCCUGGCAGCCUCGGGGACCCUGUCCUUAGGAGAAGAGAAAGGAAUCAAUCACGAAACACCAGCUCAGCACAGAGGAGGCUCGAAAUCCCCAGCGGCGGGGCCGACUAA